AUGGAGCAACUACCUGGUUUUGUUACUCAAGGGGAGUACGGGAAGGUCUGUCAUUUGAAGAAGUCCUUGCAAUCAACAGCUGGAUCUACUCUCCUAAUUGUAUAUGUUGAUGACAUUGUUAUUACAGGAACUGAUUAUGCAGGAAUCUCUUCUCUCAAGUCUUUCUUGCAUACUAAGUUUCACACGAAAGACUUGGGACAACUGAAAUAUUUCUUGGGAAUAGAAGUAAAUAGAUGCAAGAAGGGGAUUUUUCUAUCUCAGAGAAAGUAUAUUCUUGACUUACUGGCAGAAACUGGUAAGUUGGCUGCCAAGCCUUGUAGUACUCCAGUUGUUCCUAAUUUGCAUCUUAUGAAAGAUGAUGGCGAUCCAUUUAAUGAUCCAGGUAGAUACAGGAGGUUAGUUGGGAGAUUAAACUAUCUCACCGUGACUCGUCCAUAUAUUGCUUUUGCUGUAAGUGUUGUUAGCCAGUUUAUGUCUGCUCCUACGGUCAAACAUUGGGCAGCACUGGAACAGAUUCUAUGUUACUUAAAAGAAGCCCCUGGACUUGGCAUAUUAUACAGCAAUCGUGGGCAUUCUCACACUGAGUGUUUUGCAGAUGCGGAUUGA